AUGCCGUCAACUACCGCAGAAACACUCUCGCUCGUCAACAGGAAUGUGUCAGUAGCGCCAUUAGUGUUGCUCUCGGCGACAGAUCACUAUGCUCGUUCAGCAAAGGGCACACGCAAGCGAGUCGUCGGUGUGCUGCUGGGGCAGAAUGAUGGAAAGAAUGUGAGGGUGUCAAACAGUUUCGCUGGUACGUUGCCACUGCUCUGCCAUGCGCACGACUUACUGACAGUCGCCUCUCANGUGCCGUUCGAGGAGGAUGAAAAGGACCCAUCUGUGUGGUUCCUUGACCACAACUACAUCGAAUCCAUGAACGACAUGUUCAAGAAGGUCAACGCCCGCGAGAAGCUGAUUGGAUGGUACCACACUGGCCCCAAGUUGCGCGCCUCGGAUUUGGAGAUCAACGAGCUGUUCAAGCGCUAUACACCCAACCCUCUUCUCGUCAUUAUCGACGUUCAGCCCAAGGAUGUCGGCGUACCAACUGAUGCAUACUUUGCCGUUGAUGAGAUCAAGGAUGUACGUUUGCGCCGAGAGUCAUCCACUCUCUCCACAAGACUUACACACAUCGCANNGGACGGAACCACCACCGCAAAGACGUUUGUUCACACACCCUCAACCAUCGAAGCAGAAGAAGCAGAAGAAAUUGGAGUUGAGCACCUGCUCCGUGAUAUCCGUGAUGUCGCCGUCGGCACUCUCUCGACUCGCGUGACAUCGCAGUUGCAGUCGCUGCAAGGCCUGCAUCACCGUCUGCAAGACAUUGGCAGAUACCUCGACAAAGUCGUUGACGAAGAACUCCCUGUCAACCACGCAAUCCUCGGCAAUCUCCAAGACGUCUUCAACCUUCUUCCCAAUCUCUCCACACCCAAGACCGCAGGCGCCAUCGGCCUUGCUGGCCCCCAAGCAGCCGGCGACUCCGAGCUUGCCCGUGCCAUGAGCAUCAAGACCAACGACCAGCUUAUGUCCAUCUACCUCGGCAGUUUGAUCCGCGCCAUCACCGCCUUCCACGAUCUCAUCGAGAAUAAGGUCCAGAACAAGCAGCAAGCUGAUGACAAGGAGCAAAAGAAGGAGGAGGACAAGACACAAGAGACCAUCAAGAAGACCGAGAACCUCAUGUUGAAUGGCGAUGCUCCUGCAGAGCAGCAAGGAAAGGACGACAAGUCUAAGAGCCCCAAGGACGACAAGAAGACGGGAUGA